UUCAUUUCAUAACAAUAUGUUUUCUCUACUUCUUUUGCUCUUACCGUCACUAUCUUUCUCACCAUCUGCCUGGGCGGCCUGCAAUGCAGUGGACAAAGAAGCAUUACUGGGAUUCAAGCGCACCAUCACAGCUGACCCUUCACGAUUAUUGCAAUCAUGGAUAUCAUCAACUGAUUGCUGCACAUCCUGGAAAGGUGUCGCUUGCAAUUCUGUGGGAAGAGUGGUCAAUGUCACACGGUCGGGCCUUGUUUCGGAUGACGACGACCUUUUGGAUACAUUCAUGAAUGGAACUUUGUCUCCCUCCCUUGGGAACCUAUCCUAUCUUCAACUUCUUGACCUUAGCAAUCUCAAAAACUUGAAUGGACCAAUUCCACCGGAAUUCGGCAAGUUAAGGCGUCUUACUCAUCUUUUUCUCAAUUCAAACCAGCUUACAGGGUCGAUACCGGCGACAUUCAAGCACUUAUCUCGGCUGGAAAGGCUUUUCCUCAACAACAACCAUAUUUCUGGUAUUAUACCUUUCUCUGUUAUUGGAUCCUUAACAGCACUCACCGAACUUGGUCUUUCGGAAAACCAAUUGAGAGGAUCAAUUCCAGCAACAAUAGGGAAGUUGGUAUUAUUGACAAAGCUUGAUCUUCAUGCUAACAAUAUUUCUGGCAGUUUGCCUACAACUAUAGGCAAGCUUAAGAGCCUCAAAUAUCUGGACUUAUCCCAAAACACGAUAAAAGGCAGCAUUCCUAAAUCCAUAGGAGGACUUUCAGCAUUAGUACUCCUAGAUCUCAAUCAAAACCAGAUUACAGGAAGCAUCCCUUCAUCGAUUUCGGGGCUCAUCUCUCUUCAGUUUUGCCGCAUAUCAGAAAACAAGAUGACAGGAAGUUUACCUCCAUCCAUUGGCCACCUCCCAAGCAUUCAGAGGCUAAUCCUUGAGAACAACAAGCUAACUGGGAAAUUACCAGCUACAAUGGGCCACCUUGUCACUCUUACUGAAUUAUUCUUAUCGAAUAAUCGUAUUACCAGCAAGAUUCCUUCUAGUUUCAGCAAUUUGCAAAACCUUCAAACAUUAGAUUUAUCUAGAAACCAUCUCUCUGGUGAACUUCCUACAGAGCUGGCCAAGUUGCAGAACUUACAGACAUUGGAUCUGUCGUUUAAUCCUCUUGGACUAGUUAGCAUACCAAAAUGGUUUGCUAAAUUGAAACUUUUUCGGCUUAUGUUGGCGAAAACUGGGAUUAGAGGGUCUCUUCCGAGGUGGUUAUCUUCUACAUCCAUUUCUACGCUAGAUUUAUCAGAUAAUGCUCUGACAGGGAAACUACCGCGUUGGAUUGGGAAUAUGACCAGCCUUUCUUUACUUAAUUUAUCAAAUAACGGUCUUCACUCAUCAAUCCCAGCUGAAUUCAAGAAUCUUAGGCGUCUAAUGGACCUUGAUCUUCAUUCAAACAAGUUCUCUGGUAACCUGGAUACAAUUUUCUCCAAAGGAACUGAUGACCCUAUAGGCCAUUACAACUCUAUUGAUCUAUCUGACAAUAUGUUCGCUGGUCCUAUUAAUGACUCCGUUCUACAGAGCUCUGCAAUGGAUUCUAUUACAUCGCUUGUUCUGUCAUAUAAUCUGCUAAAAGGGUCAAUACCAAAAUCCAUAAGGAAGUUGAGUGAGCUGAGAAUCUUGAAGAUGGUAAGCAAUGGCCUUUCAGGGAAGAUACCAGUGGAGCUUGGUGAUGCCAUGGGAUUGACCACAAUUUUGCUUUCGAGGAACAAUCUCAUGGGGAGCAUCCCAGGGAAGGUGAUCAAUUUGAAUGAGCUCAAGGAAUUUGACGUGUCGCAUAAUCAAUUAAGAGGGGAAAUUCCUCCCCAUAAAGCCAUAAUCCCUGUAUCUUCAUUUAUUGGUAAUCCUGGAUUGUGUGGAGCCCCUCUUCCACCUUGUGAACGUUCAUAGUAUUUUUCAUAAACAAAUUUAUAAUAACAUGGAUAUUUUCAAUGGAAGUAUUAUGGUGUUUCUCAAUAAUAUGGAU